CCGAGGUGAGAUCAGUGCGCCUCCGGAGCUGUCUUCUGUACCGGUGCUGAACUCCACAUCGCCCCAUUUCCCCUUCGUCCUCCUAUAUCGACUCUGCUGUGCACUGGUGAUAUUUUUGGGACGGGAUUAACAACCCUCUUUUUGGCUGUUUUUAGGUGCAAACUUCACCUCUCUAAAACACAUCGGAGAUUACACACUGUGGAUUUGAAGGAGAUUAAUACUAGUUUGUGGGUCUUUUCACCUCUAAACUCGCUUGGAUUAUACUCCUGGAUGGUUAACGUCAGGACACAAAGGAAAAGCCCAAUGAAGACAGCAGGAUGGUGGUCGGCGGCAAUUUUAUUGUUGGGGCUCGCUGUGCUCGGCGCAGACGGGAGACCCAACAAGGAGGAAUUCAGGUCGCCGCUCUAUCGACCAGUCGUGAGAUUCCGACACAAGGAUGGGAUCCCUGAGAGCUUGAGGAUGAAGGGUUUUAUGGGACACAAUGUCAAUCCAAGUCCUUGUGAACACAAGUACUGUGGCUUGGGGCGUCACUGCCUGGCUAACCAUGAGACUGGCCAAGGGGAGUGCAAGUGCUUGGAUCAUUGUAAACCGCACUAUAAACCCGUGUGCGGCUCAGAUGGAAAGCUGUACCAGAACCAUUGUGAGCUCCACCGGGCCUCCUGUCUCCAAGGACACAGGAUUACCAUCAUGCACAGCGAGGAAUGCUUCUACAAAAAUGAUAACUGCAGACUGAGUGAAUACCGUCGACUGAAAACCAAGAUCUUGGAUCUGCAUGACAAGCGAUACAUGGGGUCUAACAUCCACGGGGCCCACAAGGACAACAUGGCAGCCAGGAAGCACCUGGUUGAUCUGAUGUUCAAACGUUUUGAUGCAGAUAACAAUGGUCAAAUCGAUGCCAGCGAGCUCUCACAGGUUAUCAAGCAAGAAGGUCUGUCCAAGGAUGUCUCCGAGUGCACAUUGUUCGAUCUGCUCAAGUACAACGACGUCAAUGACGACGAGCACCUGUCAAAAGAGGAGUUUUAUACGGCUUUGGAUGUGUACCUGCUCACCCUCCCCGAUGAUCAGAAAGUGAGCGUUACCACAGUAACAGUCGGCCAGAGCGCCGUAUUGACGUGUGCCAUCACAGGAGAGCGCAGGCCUCCCAUACUGUGGAAGAGAAACCAUCAAUAUCUGAACUCCCUGAACCUGGCAGACAUCAAUGACUUUGGGGACGAUGGAUCACUGUACUUCACCAAGGCGACCACUACCCACAUCGGGAACUAUACCUGUCACGCUGAUGGCUACGAGCAACUCUUUCAGAUCCACAUGCUUCAAGUGAAUGUGGCAAACAUUUUGUGGCGAGAAGAAGGUCUCGGCAUUGGAAACAUGUUCUAUGUGUUCUAUGAAGAUGGUAUUAAAGUCAUUCAGCCUGUGGCGUGUGAGAUACAGCGACACAUUAAGCCCAGUGAGAAGCUGCUAGCUCUGCAGGAGGAGGUGUGCCCCACCUCGCCAGGAGAGGAGGUUCAGAGGUGUGUGUGGUCAUCAGCGGUCAACAUCAAGGACAAGUUUAUUUAUGUGACGCAGCCGACCUUGGAUCGAGUGCUCAUAGUUGACAUCCAGUCUCAGAAGGCUAUCCAGACUUUCAGCACCGACCCUUAUCCCGUGAAGCUUCACUACGACAAAUCUCAUGACCAGGUGUGGCUGCUGAGCUGGGGAGAUGUGGAGAAGAACUUCCCCACUCUCCAGGUGAUCAAUCAGGCCAGUGGGCGAGUCUCCCAUCACACGGUUCACACGCAGCCCAUCGGCAGACGCUUCGACCGGGUGGACGACUUCUUCCUCCCCGCCUCCAGCCUCAUCAUUAACCACAUCAGAUAUGGCCUCAUCCUUCACAGAAAUGAGCCUGUCCUCCACAAGAUCGACCUGGAGACCAUGUCCUAUGUGAAAAACAUCAGCCUACGGGAGUUCAACUGCAUCCCCAAGUCCGUAGCCUACACACACCUCGGCGGUUAUUACUUUGUCAACUGCAGGCCCGACUCCACCGGCGCCUCGCAGCCGCAGCUCGUCGUGGACAGUGUGACGGACAGCUUGAUCGGACAGAACGGAGACGUCACCGGCACGCCGUACGUGUCUCCGGACGGCCACUACCUGGUAACCGUGGACGACCGCGACGGCCUGAUGAGGAUCCAGGUGAUCUCGGAGCGCGGAGAGAUCCAGGAGCCCUUCGACAUCCACACCAACCUCCACCUGUCCGACCUGGCCUUCCAGCGCUCCUUCACCGAGCUCCACCAGUACAACGUGUUCGGCAGCUCGGGACGCCAGACGGACGCUCUGUUCGUGGAGCUGAGCAGCGGCAAAGUGAAGAUGAUCAAGAGCCUGAAGGAGGCCACCAAGGCGUUCGAGUGGCCGUGGAGCGGCAGGAACAGGGUGAUGGCCGGCAGCGGUCUGUUCGGACAGUACCUCAUGACCCCCUCCCGAGACUCCCUCUUCGUUCUGGACGGACGGCUCAACAAGCUCAACUGCGAGAUCACCGACGUCCUCAAAGGCAACGUGGUGGUGUGGGUCGGCGAGUCUUAGAACGCCCAAUGAGCUUUGUUUCACUCAAAAGGUACUGUUGCACUGAAUUCUGUUGCAGAUGUUUUAAUUUUGUGGGAACGUGAUAGUGGAUACAACAGAUUCAGAAACCAAAUUGAAGAUUUGUAUAAAAAGAAAAAACACAUGAGGGAGUAAUUGAUUGUUAAUGUCUUAAAGCCAAGUUAAUCAUGGGUGGUUCACAUUAAAGUCAACAUAAAGUUAUUGCUGGUGAUCUUUUUCAGGAAAAUUGGUAAACAUGUGCAACGUUGCAUUAUUAUUCACAAUUGGUUAUAUUUAGUGUGUGGGAAUGCUGUAGAUAAUCUCUGAACAAAACUAAUAUCUAUCUGAAUUGGCAGAAAUAGAUAUAUAUCUAUGAACUGUAUAUGUGCGAAUUUACUCUUGUACUUUUAGUUUUCCCAUCCCAACUUUUUCCUGUGCCUUCAAGGAAAAUUCCCCUCCGUCAGAGGAAUUAGCGUAAUUAUUCCCCGUGUGACUGCCGACUGCACCUCGUCCUUUGACCCUCCAUUCGUGGUGAGCGUGGUUCCUCACAGACCCAGUGCUCUCGUCUCUCCGCCCGUCCCUGAUUCAGUCUAGUUAAAACGAGCCCUCGCUGUGAUCCUAUCCCGUUUGAAGUGGACAUUACGCUCUGUAACCUUUAAUCCAAAAUGUAUAACCAGCGUUGGUCGGUUCUGAAUGAUAUCUUUAUUGUUUAAAAUGAGAGUCGGUGGCAGUGUUAGUUUAAUCGUACCAGCUUUAUACACUCCACAUUGUGAAACUAGGGAUUUAGAGCACUAGUGUGUGGGAAGAAAAUCAUAACUUUAACAUCUCUGGACCAAAAGAAAAGAAGAUAGGAAAAGCAUUUAGAGUGAGCUUUUGAUGACAUGCAUUUGCAGCAUGUUUCGAUGUGAAGUAAUGAGGGUGGGGUUGUAUUUAAGUAGAGGGUCUUUGACACGUAGCCGGAGAGUGAAGCGGUUUCCUAGCUGGACAUAUUUCUAUGCAUUUUCACCCUAGCACUCUGACUCUGUGAAUCACAAUGGGCAACUGUAUUCAGAUUUAGUAAGGACUUUUGAGUUGUACAGAUUAUAUAAAGUCAUUCCGUCUCUCCCGUUUAAUCUUAACUCGUAUAUAUUUUAAUUUGAUUUCCAACCUUUAAACCCGACUGUACUGCACUGCUGAUGAUGACCUCUGACCAUUUCUCUCUAUUUAUGUUCUGUACAUAGCGGUGGACUGUGAGUCCAUUACUUUCCCAUUGUAUGUACAGAUUGACCCAGGUUCUGUUCAUAAUCAACACUCUCCUUUUUAAGAAAUGAAAACACAACACACAGCUUUCAUUAUCUGCAUCCUGUACGGGCACCUUGUGAUCACUAUCACCGCUUUCACCGCAACAUAGCCAUGUCUGUAUGUUCCUUCAUGUGAUUGUUAUUUAUAUAGAGAAAACACGCUUGUCAUUUUACCCAACAAUAAAAAAUAGACCAUGA